AUGUUGAAGAUCAACCAGGCGUCGGCUCCGGACCUCACCUGGGACUCAAAUCAAGAUUAUGAUGAAUGUGUAUACUACCAUGAAGGAAGGUAUCUGUACGCGGAAGAUGUCGACGGUCAGAUGGAGGUACUGCCUGAAGUGCCCGUGACGACGGAAAAUGUGAAGAUCGAGGACAUUCAGCUAUGUGGAUCUGAUAAUCAGACCCCAGAAGAAGUUGAUCGACUUCGCCAAAUGAUCUGGAAGUUCCGACAUCUCUUGAUCGGCAAAGGAAAUGCCCUUCCGCCGGCGGCUAGAGGAGUGAAACCUAUCGCCCUGAAGUGCCGUAAGUUGCGGAUCCAGUUCAGGGAGAAGCUGGAAGACUUGAUCAAGGGUCUAUUGUCCGCCUAG